UAUGAACAUUAACCUGAAAUCAGUCCUCGGAUUGUUAUUCCUCGCCACCGCAUCCUUCGCAGCGUACGCGUACAUCACAGCACCCACAGCUCAGCUCGCAGUAAACGUAAACACCAUGGCCGACCACACCGUCAUCGUCCAGUUCAAGAAGACUUCUUCCUCUGAAGACCGCAAGAAGGCCAUCUCCGAGCUCACCUCUAAGGGCGCCAAGAUCGUCUCUGACGAGAACGCCGACUCUAAGAGUAUGCCAUAUCAGUUAGGGAAAGGCAACACUAAUCAAAGUACAGUCUUCCCGUUCAUCACGGUGUCGUACCCCAAGGACGACUUUUCGUCGCUCGAGUCUAGCUUCGGGGGUGGAUCGCAUGAUGUCGUGCAGCACAUCGGUGAGUCGAUCAUCCCUCCUUCCUUCUUUUCACUUCCUUUCAGAUCCUUUCAAAUGGACUGGUGGAGGGCGAAACGGGUGGAGGGUCGAAACGCUGAUGCGGUUCUAUGGCAGAGCUUGACCAGCAAGUCCACACCCAGUAGAUGGAUCUACACCCCUUGUACACAUACGCACGACGUACUGGGCGAGAGUUGUAUAGUCAUGACUGAAUGAAAGGAAAGAAUGUAGGUAGAAGCAAUGUGAUCAUGCACCAUCUUGUAUAGCG